AUGAAUUAAACAUAAUUAGUUUUAAUUUUUUCAUCUUCUUCUUUCUCUUCUUCUUUCUCCUCAUCCUUACCCUCCUCUUUUUCUUCAGAAUCAUCUUCAUCAUCUUGGGUUCCUCGUGGAACCCAGUGUGGGGUUCACAAGGAACCCAGAUCUGGGUUCCUCAUGAAACCCAGCACUGGGUUAGCGAGGAACCCAGAGCUGGGUUUCGAGAGGAACCUAGACCUGGGUUCCUCUCGAAACCCAGCAUUGGGUUUGCAGGAGAACCCAGCACUGGGUUCCACGAGGGAACCCAAAUCUGGGUUUCGCGCGAGCCCAGUGUUGGGUUCACAAGGAACCCAGAUCUGGGUUCCUCAUGAAACCCAGCACUGGGUUAGCGAGGAACCCAGAGCUGGGUUAGCGAGGAACCCAGAGCUGGGUUUCGCACAAACCCAGGUCUGGGUUCCUCGUGGAAUCCAUCUGGGUUCCUCUCAAAACCCAGCAUUGGGUCCGCGGGAGAACCCAGAUCUGGGUUUCGCGCAAGCCUAGUGCUGGGUUCUGAUUGUUUUUUUCUUUUUUAUUUUAAGUGUAUCUAUCCAGAAUGAAAAUAAAUUUUCAUAUUCAGUUUUGAAUUAGAGAUGUUAAGUUCAGGUUCAUUGCAAAACCGAAAUCAUGUUUGCUGUUUGAGUUUGAAACUGCAAGUGAUAAGUUCAUGUUGUGUUUAUGUUGCUAUUAACUUCAUAAUUUGUUUCAUUUAUGCCCUAGAUUUAACUAGAAGAAAGGGUUGAAAAUUUG